AUGAAGUGAAAGCACAGAGUUUCCAAUCAUUUUUAGCGAGCGUGCGUUUCGAACAUUCGCGGAUUUCGCGUGCGAAAUAUCCUGCAAAUCGGUCCAAAUACUCGGUAAAAAUACUGCGAUUCGAAAGCUUACGCGACGGGGCUGCGAUUGUGCCAGCAGAUUCCUUCCGGACGGUGUUGAUUGUGACAAAAACGGCAUUGGAAAAUAGUGCUGCGGACGGGAGUAGUUCCAUUAUUUCCAUCAGUCGAGUCGAGGAGGUACGAAAUCCACGACGAAAAAGCAAACCGAGUCGAGGUAGGAUUCGGAGUUGAGGUUAGGGAAGUGUGUUCAUUUUGCUUCGUGUUCGUCGAGUGCACAACAGCUGGCUUCGGUUCGCUUUCGUGCGUGUGGUUGUUGUGUCAAAGCGGGGUGGCCGUCGGUGGUAAAUAUUUUGCUCCGUUGAUAAGCGAUAGGUUUCCGUGUGCACUGCUGAGUGGAAAAUGGCAUCACCACCUGAUCAGGUGGAAAUUUUACGCGGUCGGGAUUUAUCGCGAAUUUUCCAACUAUGGGAAGAACGGCACAGCAUUCCCGGGUACGAUCCGGAGCCGAUUGUUACGAGGUUAGCGGAGAUCUUCGAAGAGGAAACCGAGGUUUACAUGCGUAAGGAUCCAGACCCAUUCGAUGAGCGGCAUCCGUCGCGAACCGAUCCAAAUAGUGAACUGGGUCGUAUGUUGAAAACACUCUUCCGGAAGGAUCACUUUAUGACUCGAUUGGUCAACGAUUAUCUACGGGAUAACUUCUUUACCCGGCAAAAUGUGCAACAAUGUUCGCAACCGUUGAAUAUUGCAGCAUGUCGGUUGAUUUUGGUGAUUAUGCCAGGUUUGGAGACGUCGGCAGUGUUUCAAGCGGAAUUCGAUCACCUGAUUACGAGGCUGUACGGAUGGGCGGAAUCUAGUCCAGAACCGCUGCAAAGCUAUGCCACUGGGUUGUUGGGUGCGGCAAUGGAAGUACAGGAAAUUGCCGUUAGCUUUCGAGAGCAGAACAUUCGCCUCUUGCCGAUCAUGCUGAGACGGCUGCACGUGCUUCAGCUGGCUCAUAGAAAUCGUGAUCGGUUGGCGGAGGCCGGUGAGGGAAUGUCUAGCACUGCAUUUCAACGAAUGUUUCAGGGGGAGGCAGCUAUGAUUUCCCAGAAGAAUUCUUUCGAAGGUCAGAAUGAUUCGGUAGUAGUAGACGGGGAAGUGGGUGAUGGAAGUCCGGAGAGGCCUUUCGCUGAUUUGGGGCCACCGAGCACGAGCGAGAUCCCUCCGAAUGGGGUUUCUUCGGUAUCGAAUUUAAACACUCUCUUUCAGAACGAAAACAGCCAGCACACGCAGGAUGGUCAGAGUCGACAGGCGCAUCGGAACAUGAUUCCCAUCCAUCCGGCUACGAUUGCCACUAGCCAGAUGUUGAUUCUGCGUUAUCUCACGCCGAUGGGAGAGUAUCAGGAAUUUUUGCCGCACGUUUUCGAACACAAUGCCAUGAGUUUGAUUUUCCGUUACAUCGAAACUCUGGACUCCAAGGAUACGUGCUUGGCGUUUGAGGCAUUGAAAUACCUGGCAUCUCUGCUGUGUCACAAGAAGUUCUCGCUGGAGUUCAUCGCUAACGGAGGUCUGGAACGUUUGCUGAAAGUCCCUCGACCAAGUCUGGCAGCUACUGGAGUGUCCAUUGCCUUCUACUACCUGGCGUACUGCGAAGAUGCAAUGGAAAGGAUCUGUUUGAUGCCUCAGAAGAUCAUCACGGAACUGGUGACCUACGCGCUGUGGCUUCUGGGAUGCACACACGAUUCCGGACGAUGUCAUGCAACGAUGUUCUUCGGUCUAAGUUGCCAAUUUAAAACCAUGAUGGAUGAGUUCGAUAAACAAGAUGGGCUCCGUAAGCUAUACAACGUUAUUGCGGUGCUACCGAUCUUGAUGCCAGCCGAUGAGUACCACCUAAACGACGACGAAGAGUGUGCAGCACGGCAGGUGGUCCGUCACGUUUGUGUCGCAUUGAAAAAAUACUUUGAAAACCAUCUGUACUACAAGUACAAUCAGGUCACGCGGCAGCAAUGUCCCUCGGGGACGUUGGCCCAGCCAGUUUUCAAAUCGGUGAAGAAUUCGUCGGAGGUAAUUAGCGAACAGAUACGUACACUGCAGGAGCUGCUACCGAUGAAGGCUCGAUGGUCAGCGGUGGACGAGUUUCUGGAUCUCGGAGGAAUCAAUUUGCUGCUGCGAAUCAUCGCCCUGGCCUACGAGUGGAACUACAGUGGACGUUUUUGCAGUGGUGAGACGGUGCGAACUGCUUUGGAUGUGCUGAACGUGUGCUGCGUGAUUCCACGGGUACAUGCGGUGUUUUGCGAGCGGAUUGAAUUUCCCGACGAAGGUUCCGCCGCGGGUAUCAACAUCGUGCUGGGUGCAGCGGAAGGUGAAAUUGUAGCAGAUGCGGAAGUACAGAAAUCUGCGCUGGCCGUCCUGGUGCAUACGGUUUGCGCUCCGCUGCAUCGCCCCAGUGGAUCGCUGGCACGCUUCGGAUCGGCAAAGAAACGGAUGCCGAACAAGAACUCCGAAGAACUGUUGCAAAAGGUGUGGGAAAGUGUUCGUUCGAACAAUGGCAUCAUCGUGCUGCUUUCGUUGAUGUGCGUCAAGACGCCGAUCACCGAUGCGGACUGUAUUCGGGGGAUGGCCUGCCGGGCGUUGGCAGGUCUGGCGAGGUCCGAAACCGUGCAACAGAUCAUCGGAAAGCUUCCGUUGUUCGUCAACGGGCAAUUGCAAAGUUUAAUGCGUGAUCCGAUCCUCCAGGAGAAACGAGCCGAGCACGUUCAGUUCCAAAAGUACGCCUUGGAAUUGCUGGAACGCGUCUCGGGCAAGGCGAAAUCGGCCAACAAUCAACUGGAUACAUCACUGGCCGACAUUCACAAGGCGAAUGUGGUAGCCCAGACGAAGAUUCAAUUCAACGAGCAGCAACUGCUGGAGCUUAUCCACCAACAUCUGGUCGUACGCGGUCUAACGGAAACGGCUGCCACGCUAGUGCGGGAAGGUGGCAUUACCGUUCCUAAUGCUCUCCUGCAGCAGCACCAGCAGGUUGCUAGCAUAAGUAGAAAUUUGCACCACUCACCCUUUGCUUUCCGGUCACCCAAUGCGACGAUCAUUCAGCGUUCACGGAUACGAAGUAAGACGACUGAUGGUACUACAUUCAAUCACUCAAUCGCUCAAACUAAUCUUCAAGCAGCAUUGGCCGCAGCUAGCAUAGAUGGUUUAGCCCCACCUAAUGGCGGUGAACAAACGAAGGAAGAUACGGCAGGUGGUGCCGGUCAUAGUUCCGGCCAUGAAUCCCCACCAGUGGAUCCGUUCACACCCAUUAAGCUGAUUAAAAAGUCCACUGCGGGUAGUGUCAGUGCGGGAGUUGCUGCUGCUGGCAGCACUUCACACGGAGGCGUCCAGGGAACUCCCUUUUCGUCAUCAUCCAGCAGUCAUCAACGUACGCUCCAGAAGCAACUUUCGGCCACGACCGACACGGCCUCGUUCCUAGUCCCGGCUUCGACGUCUUCCAAAACAGCCACCACAGAAGUACCCGGUAAUUCCAUCUCGCUGGACACGAUCAUUACCGAGUAUCUCACCAAUCAGCAUGCUCUGUGUAAACACCCGAUGUCGACGUGUCCGCAGUUCGAUCUGUUCGCACCGCACAAGUGUCCGGAUCCGCGGCCCAACAGGGCCUCCGGAAUGAGUAUAAACUUUGCGACUAGGUUUUUCAAACGGCAUGCCGGCUACUCCUCGCGCCGCUUCGACCGGAGGUUGGUUCACUCGAACUUUUCCGCCUCGCGGGUGCUGCGACCGCAGGAUUCGGAGUUCUUCUUUACGUGUUGUGAUUUUACGCCCUGCGCCACUAAACUGAUAACCGGUUCGCACAGCGGUGAGGUCAAAAUAUUCAACCUGAGCGAUAGCAACGAAGAGUUCAGCUACUCUUGCCACGAGUCGUACGUCAAUUCCAUCAUCUGCAGCAAGGACGGCCAGUUGCUGUUGACUUCGUGCGCGUGGCGAUCGCCAAUGUCGGCGCUGUGGAACAUCGAAAACAGUCGCUUUACACAGAAGCUCACCUGGGAAGAGGAAGAGUACGUGGAAUUCCCGAACUUAAAACAGGACAAGGUUCUGGCAACCACCGGAGAGACUGCCACCAUCUACGAUAUCAACACGGGUCAGAAAGUCCUCUCGCUGGUACCGAGUAUCUACAACCAGUACACUAAAAAUCGUGCCACAUUCUGCCCAUCGGAUGAGCUGAUCCUUUCGGAUGGAGUGCUGUGGGACGUCUCGUCCGGCAAGGAGAUUCACAAGUUCGACAAGCUAAACCAAACCAUCUCCGGUGUGUUCCAUCCGAAUGGGUUGGAAAUCGUUUCCAACACCGAAGUGUGGGACCUACGGACAUUCCACCUGUUGCGAACGGUCCCAGCACUGGAUCAGUGCCACGUGAAAUUUUCCACGCAGAAUGUGAUAUACGGUAUCUGUCCGGAGGUGGAGACGGAACCGAGCGCCGACAAUGUGUGCUUCGAGUCUAGCUUUAGGGUAUUGGAUGCGUACGAUUACAGUAGCAUUUCCACGGUGGACGUCAAGCGGAACAUCUACGAUUUGGCCAUCAACCAGUACGGUUGUCAGAUUGCGAUCGUAGAAAAUCAGGGCGGCUACAAUUCGGUACAGGAAUCCGUGGUGCGCAUCUACAGCGUAGGACGGAAGAAGAACACCGAAGACGACGCCGAGGAGGAGGAAGAAGAGAUGGAGAAUUCCGAAGAUAACUCGAUGUCGGAAACGGAAUCCGUCGUAUUCCACGGCGCUCGCGGAGAAAACGGUGGUCAGCGUCGUCGGCGGAGACGGGGAAUGCGUAUCAAUGUACUCGAUGAUGAUGAUAUUUUCCAACCAGGUUCUUCUUCGUCCAGUGAGGACGAUGACGAUGAGGACAUGGAUGACAACGACGACGACGGCGAUGGGGAUGAAGACGGCGACGGCGAGGAGGACGGUGGGGCAAACAAUAACGACGACGAGGACGCGUCUUCGUGGAGCACGACCUCCGAUCUGGAGGAUUUCCUGUUGAUGUAGACUGGAUUAGGGCUAACAUGCGAUUCUAAAUUGAAUCCAGAAGAGCAGUUAGGUGGUCCCUCAUCGUCGAUGUGAUUCCCAUGCAACUGAAACGUGAGUCGUCUCCACGUACCUACCUUCAAACUGCUACUACUACUAGGUACUUGCGUUCACUUGGGUGGUAUGUCAUUGUGUAAAUAAAUGUCUAGUAGGAUAUAGGCCGGAUCACAUUGUUUUGUUACGAUCUAAAAGCUUUAAGUUUGAACGACAAAAAUACUGCUGCUAGUUCAGCACAGCACAGGAAACAGUCGAAAUCCGUAUUUAUAACUGUCAAAAGAAAUCGAAGCUAAAAACUGUAGACACUUUGUUCGUACUGUAUGUUUUUUGCUCGCAUUAUUUUUUACUCUGUUUCUGACAUUCUAUUUUUGCUCCAUUUUCUACUUACAACACGCUACUGAUUGGGCUUUUUUCCGUGAGCAAUGAUAACAGUCAUAUUCUUAUGUAACGGCGUUGAAAAUUCUAUUUGUAAAUUUAUAUUAGUUUUUAUUUGAAUAAAUUAAUUGUAUAAUAUUAGAA